AUGGAGCCAGCGGGCGCGUACGGCGCCGGGAAGGCCGGGAGCGUCGCCUUCGACCCGGUCGCCUUCUUCACGCAUCCCCGCACCAUCCUCAGGCUGCUGUCGUGGGUUUUCUCCAUGGUGGUGUUCAGCUGCAUCGUGAACGAGGGCUACAUCAACAUUGGCAGCGAGCGUUUGCUGUGCGUCUUCAACAACAACGCUGAUGCCUGUAACUACGGUGUUACUGUUGGUGUGGCCUGUUUCCUCGGCAGCAUCUGUUUCCUGAUCCUGGACUUUUACUUUCCCAGCAUCAGCAGCGUCAGGGACAGAAGACGUGCUGUCCUGCUGGACCUCGUCUUCUCUGGCCUCGCCAGCUUCCUGUGGUUCGUUGGCUUCUGUUUUCUGGCCAAUCAGUGGCAGGCGACCUCUCCAGACGAGCUGCCACUGUCCCAGGGCUCUGACGCUGCCAGAGCCACCAUUGCUUUCUGCUUCUUCUCCAUCCUCACCUGGGCUGUACUGACGCUGAGUGCACUGCGACGCUUCCUAACCGGCAGCAACACAAACUUGUUCACAUGGCAACACCUGGAACCCACCCCUAGCAACGCUCGAGCUACACCUUAUCCCAUCGCCAACGGUGCUACCAUAGUAACCACCAACCCCUACCAAGCCCCGCCCUUCACUGAAACCCUGGACCCCCAGAAACUCACACAGCAGAGACCCAUGGCUCCGGCCUUCUAGACACAGACAGAUGGAAAGAAGAAAGAGAGAGGAGGUGUGAGUUGUACAACGCCACACGGACAACUUCCUGCCUCGCUGCUCAGUGGCUUUCCAUCCUCUCCUGGGAUGGGUGAGAUUUUGGGUCAUGUGAUGUAUGAUCUCUUUUCACCAUGGCAACUGCUGGCUCAGCUUAGUUAGUUGUAACUCUCUGUGUCAAGAAUACUGUCUUAUUUUCCUGCACACACACAGAUAUCGACGCACGCAAACACAGCUGUACUCACUCACACCUGGAAACAGACAUACUCGUACACCUGGAAAUAAAUGUAUACUUCAUACACCUGGAAGGACACACAGACACAGACACACCUUGACUGCAUGUUCACAAGGUGAGGUGCAGAUUAACAUAGAUGUAGAUCAGUGAUGAUGCUUCACCUGCCUUAUUAAGGGAUACAAGGUAUUUAGUGAAGGAAACAUGGAGAACAGUGAAGCUCCAUUUAUCUGCUUCUGUUCUAUCUGCCCCUCAGUCAGUCUGACCAAUCACAAGCUGCCCAGCAGACAUGUGGCCCCCCAUUGGCUGAAAUUGAGACAGUCAGGCAGCCUGACCAGUAGAUUGUAAGCGAACGAGUGAGGAGGGGGUAGAACUUGCAGAAAGUGGUACAUUUUCUUGGCAGGGAAAUAAAGGCAGCACAGCUUAA